AGUUUCCAAGCCCAAACAAAGGUGCAUUACCAUUUUACCCUUAACUGGCAAAAACCUGUUUCAUCGUCAUCAUCCUUCUCCUUCCCUUCCCUGUUCGGUGUGAAAGCUUCUCCAAUUUCUCAUUCUCACUGCAUGCAUGCGCCUCAUUCCCUCUUCAAAUUUCAUCUAAUCAUGCUUUCACCUUGAAAAUACUAUGGAUCAACAUCAACGACCUAACAAAUAUCCAACCGCAUUAUCAUUAAUAGAACCCAAUAACCUAAAAGAUAAUGAUGAUCAAUGUUUCCUCCUUUACUUCAUUAUGGGCACAUACUUUGGUCCUCACAUCAAUGGCGAGAAAAAAUCAGUAUUGCAAAGAGUAGCGGAAGGUCUUCCUUCUUACACACGUGAACAGUUAACAUCUUCUUUCGUCAAAGUAUCUGAAUUGGAGCGUAUUUACUAUUACGUACUUAGGAAUGCUGAUAAGUCAUUAACAGUAAAGUUAAGUUUUUUACGCCGUUUCGUUAAAGGGUUGUUAGAAUGUUCCUCCUCCAAUUGCAAUUACCCUCAGUUUACUGAUAUGUUUCCGCUUGAAUUGCAUCCUCAAUUUAAGUUCAAAUGUCAGUAUAGAGUCAUUGACAGUAUUGUGUUUAUCGAUAAUCCUGAAAUGUUUUAUCUUAAUUCUGAGGAGGUUGAAAGGUUUAAGAGAUUGAGUGGGAUUGAAGAUUUUCUUGUGGACAUUGAUGCGGCUAGGUUGUAUAACCAUUUUGAUGGUAAUGGUUUGCGUAGUAAGGUUAGGAAAACUAGUAGUUGUCGGAGAGUAGAUGAAAGUGAUGAUUUUUCUGAGCUCAAGUAUCAAAUGCCACAUGCCCAUGUUGUGAAGCCUAUUAGGAGUAUACCGUUUAAUGAUGGCAUGGCUCUUGGAGAUGAAGGUGAUUCAGAGAAAGUUGAUGGUCCUGCGGUGUUGUUUCUUCCUUCUCGUCCCACUAAGAAGGAAUGGUCUAACAUUGUGGCUGCUACUAAGAAUGGUUUUGCACUGACGGGAAGUGCGGCUACGGGACGGAUUGGACCCAUCAUAGGACUUGUAGACAUUGGAGAGUGUGAAGACGCGUAUCUAUUUCGCAUGUCUCUCCCUGGAGUGAAGAGGGAUGAAAAGGAAUUCAGCUGCGAGGUUGACACCAAUGGCAAAGUAUUGAUACACGGAGUGACCAUAACAGGAGAGAAGACGGUGUCAAUGCACUCUCAGGUGUUUGAAAUGCAAACUCAAAACCUUUGCCCACCAGGCCAUUUCUCCGCCACAUUUCAGCUACCAGGCCUUGUUGAUCCGCAUCAAUUUUCAGGUAAUUUUGGCACUGACGGGAUUCUUGAAGGAGUGGUUAUGAAAGGCAAGUUAGGUGAUGACUAAGUUCUGUUCGAUUAGAAUUCUUCUUCCAAUUCCACCAUGAACUAUUCUGAUGCAGAAUGUCAAGUUGAGUAACAGUAUCAUGUAUAGUUCGUAACUUAAUGUUACUUAUUUUUUGAGAUUCUGUUACAUCCUUAGAUGAUCUCUUGACAUUCUCUUCAUGUAGAAGACAAGAAAUAGUCAUGACAUGACUAAUUAAUCCAUUUUGCGUACAUGUAAGAGUGCUUGAAUAUAGUAACUUAUUUUGAUAGAAGAUUUCAUACUGCAGCGUUUAAAAGGUUGUUUAA